AUGGAUCAAGCCGGGCAUGCUCUCCUGGCUGCCAACCUCAUAUAUGCUAGAGCAAAUACUACGAAUGGCACAACCUCUGCGAAUGCGGAUACAGAAGUUCGACCACCUAUAUAUAAAGCAAUUGGAAUAUCAUUGGCCGUGGCUUCAGGGGUUUUCAUUGGAAUAUCUUUUGUCGUGAAGAAGAUUGGAUUAUUGAAAGCAAAUGAGAAAUAUAAUGAAGAAGCUGGGGAAGGAUUUGCCUACCUUAAGAAUGCCCUUUGGUGGGCUGGAAUGACCCUGAUGAUUCUGGGAGAAAUUUGCAAUUUUGUUGCAUAUGCUUUUGUUGAUGCAAUUUUGGUUACUCCGCUUGGCGCACUGAGUGUCGUCAUUACCACCAUUUUAUCCGCAAUUUUCCUGAAAGAACGUCUUAGUAUGGUUGGGAAAGUUGGAUGCUUUCUAUGUAUCGUUGGAUCGGUGGUUAUCGUAAUGAAUGCGCCGGCAGAGGCUUCUGCGGCAACGAUUCAGGAAAUGCAACAUUUUGUUAUCGCCCCGGGUUUUCUAAGUUUCGCCGGUGUCAUCAUCAUCGGUUGUACCUUUCUUGCUUUUUGGGCUGGACCACGAUAUGGAAAGAAAUCCAUGCUUGUGUAUCUGUCAAUUUGCAGUUUGAUUGGUGGACUCAGCGUUGUUGCGACACAAGGUCUGGGAGCUGCAAUUGUUACUCAAAUUGGUGGAACGAAACAGUAUGACCAAUGGUUUCUUUACGUUCUCUUCGUCUUCGUCAUCUGUACACUCUUGACGGAGAUCAUAUUUUUGAACAAAGCUCUCAAUAUCUUCAACGCGGCCUUGGUUACUCCAACUUAUUAUGUCAUGUUUACGAGCUCGACGAUCGUCACUUCCGCCAUUUUAUUUAGAGGGUUCAAAGGAACUCCAACUUCUAUCAUUACGGUCGUCAUGGGUUUCCUUGUUAUUUGUUCUGGAGUUGUCCUUCUCCAGCUCUCAAAGUCAGCCAAAGAUGUUCCUGAUGCUGCCAUUUUUGCAGGUGAUCUCGACCAAAUGCGUACAAUUGCCGAACAGGAACAACCAGAAACUGAACCAAAGGCUGAUGCUAUUAGAGGAGCAGCUGCUAUUGUUAGAAAAUUCUCUACUACUAGACAAAAGAUGGAAAUGGAGGAAGCUAAGAGGCUCCAUGAAGAAUCGAUUCUGCAGCCGCUUGGUGAAGAUGAUGUCAUUGAGUGGGACGGUCUUCGAAGACGUAGAACAACGAUUGGCUCCAACUAUAGUAUGAGUAUGAGAUCUCGUGCUGACUCAGCCGUUCCUCCUCUACCUGAACCUAUGCGCCAUACACCAACCACUAGAACAACUCUCCCUAGAACACCUAUUGCACAUCCACCUCUUGGCAUGUCCCAUUUUCCCGAUCCAGAUGAAGAACGAGAUGAAGAAGAUCGUCCGGGCACUGGUCUUAGUUCUUCCAUCUUUGGUACUAUUCGCAGCCGUGUAACUCGCGGAAAAUCACUUUCAUCAGCCACAAAUCCUGCGGCAAAUGUCGGAAGUCCUACUCAUCCUGUUCCCUUGACCGACAUUCGUACCUACAGAGGUGGUGAUGGUGAAAUUUACAAAAGCGAACAUAGUGAUGAAGCUUACUACAUUCAUGAUAAUCAAACUUUCGGCCUACCAACUGCUUUACGUGAUCAAAAGACUGAAUAUACUGGUUCAGGAGGUAGACAUAUAACUAUCGCGGAAGAUGCACAUCGUCCGUUGUCUAGAUCUAGCAACCUCGUUCCACCUACACCCCCACCUCACUCUGCCAGAAGACAAUUCUCAUUCCAAAAUGUCUUCAGAAAGAAUGGAGGACCUCAACAAAAUGACGGACCCCCUCAAGAAAUCAGGUCACCCGAUCGAAAGCGUAUCGGUUCUCGACAUGGAAGUGAUGAGAUCAUCAAGAAUGCUACUGAAGAAGAAAGACUUGGACUCGUUAAAGGUAAUACGAGAACUGAAAGUCCAUCCGGUACUUCUGCUACUCCUUCAUUUGAUGAAGAAGAAGAAGAGGAGUUGGAACCAUGGAGUUCGGAAAACAAAGGAUAUAGGAGAAAUCGUUCCCCUCCCAGAAGGGAUCCUGCAUUGGGAGAAAAGGGGGCUUUUCUUUAA